UAUCUUUAUCCCCAUCUUGUUCAAGAUCUUACAGAAGAACCGAGCUUUACAACUAUGGCGAAUUUGGAUCACACUCACCUUGACGACGACGAUUUCGAACUUCCUCUUACUCAACCUCUUUCACUUUCCAACAACCAACGACCAUCCAAAAAACCCAAAACCAAAACGACACCGUUUCCCGGCAAAGAGAACAUUCCCCCUUUCUCUCCCAUUCACAAUCACAACGACAGUUACGAAAUCGGUAACUGUAGCUUGGAUUUCAUUCCUUCCACCUUAGAAUCUGAUGCCACUGUUCAAGCCGUUUGUUCUUCUGUGUCGGAGCUGAAGAAGGAUAGUAAACGCGCUUAUUCCAACAAUUCGUUAGAGUCUAAGCUCGUGGUGUCGAGAACUAAGGUGUUUGAUUAUGGAGAGUCCGGUUCGAAGGUGAAUUUGCGCAAUGAGUUUGAUUGUUCAGUUGAUUGUCCUCUAUGUGGUGAUGAUAUUUCUGAUUUAACGGAGGAACAACGAAAUCUGCAUACCAAUCAAUGUCUUGAUAAAACGGGAGAAGAUGCUGCUCUUCCUAAUGACGAGGUGGGUGCUCAAUUUGGGCCGAAAGUCUCUGCUGUUGUUGAUUGGAUACGUGAUCUUGGUUUAGCUAAAUAUGAAGAAGUGUUCGUUAGGGAGGAAGUUGAUUGGGAUACCUUGCAAUGGCUGACAGAAGAGGAUCUCUUAAACAUGGGUAUAUCUGCACUUGGUCCCAGAAAAAAGAUUGUGCAUGCCCUGUCAAAACUUAGAAGAGGAAUUGCCUCUUCAAAUGAUAAUAAUGAGAAUUCUGGGGUAGAGCCCAGAAGGAUUAGAAACCAGAAUGUCAAAUUGCAACAUGAUAAAUCUGAACGAAAAGUUGACGGUACUGUUAAACCAGUAGCAAACAAAUUGAUUACUGAAUAUUUUCCUGGAUUUGCUACGAAUGAGAAGAAAGUUUCUGCCCCUCCUGUAGAACAACAUGAAGUAAAAAACAGUGGCUCAGUUUCUGGUCGCAAGCGCAAAGCAAACAAUACGUCAACAAGUACAAAGAGUCGUGAUGUUCCUAAAUGGUGUGCCAUACAAGGAACACCUUUCCGUGUGGAUGCUUUCAAAUACCUAAGAGGAGAUUGUUCCCACUGGUUUCUUACACACUUCCACAUGGACCAUUAUCAAGGUCUCACCAAGUCGUUCAAUCAUGGAAAGAUCUAUUGCUCCUCUGUUACGGCUAGACUUGUAAAUAUGAACCUAGGGAUUUCAUAUGAUAAAUUACAUAUUUUGCCUCUAAACCAAAAGGUUGAAAUAGCUGGUAUUGGCGUGACUUGCUUGGAUGCCAAUCACUGUCCAGGUUCCAUAAUAAUACUCUUUCAACCUCCGAAUGGUCAGGUGGUACUUCACACAGGUGAUUUUCGUUAUUGUGAAGAAAUGGCAAACAACCCUUUCCUGCAGAUACGUCCUAUUAAUACUUUAAUUCUUGAUACCACAUACUGCAAUCCGCAGUAUGAUUUUCCAAAACAAGAAGCUGUAAUACAAUUUGUUAUUGACGCCAUUCAAGCAGAAGCUUUUAAUUCUCAGACUCUUUUUCUGAUUGGCAGCUAUACAAUUGGAAAAGAAAGGCUAUUCUUGGAGGUUGCACGUUCACUUCGCAAAAAGGUUUACGUGACUGCAGCCAAAUUACGCCUUUUAAACUGUUUAGAAUUUACUAAGGAGGAUAUGCAGUGGUUUACUUCAAAUGAGCAUGAAAGCAAUAUUCAUGUUGCCCCUAUGUGGACGCUCGCAAGCUUCAAAAGAUUGAAGCACAUAUCAAGUCAAUAUGCGAGUCGGUUCAGUCUUAUAGUUGCUUUCUCUCCUACUGGUUGGACAUUUGGCAAAGGUAAAAAGAAGUCUCCUGGAAAAAGGUGGCAGCAGGGUACUGUUAUAAGAUAUGAAGUUCCUUACAGCGAGCAUUCCAGCUUUACAGAACUCAAAGAGUUUGUAAAUUUUGUAUCUCCCAAUAACAUUAUACCAAGUGUGAAUAAUGAUGGGCCAGAAUCUGCAGACGCAAUGGUUUCUCUCCUGUCAACUUGAUUUGUGCACUAAAAGGAGUUCAGUCUACCCUUGUAACAUCUGUGUUUGAGAGUCAGGAAGUUGCUUGAGCAAUAUGAACAGCAGUAACUUUUUAUUCCAAUCACUUUUCAGCGGUAAACUUGUGUUUGCUGCUUUGCUAAAGAUUAAAAUGUGAAAAGAGAAGAAAAUAUAUAUUCUAGCAGAGGAGCUUAUCUUGCUUAUUUUCAUGCGAAACUAUGGAUGUUUUUGUCAACUGUGACAUAAAAUCUAAAGUGAUCGUUGUCUACAACAUACUAAGUUGGGAAGUGUUUACAACCCCUUCCUCUGUUGAUCCUGAAUUAACCCAGUGCUCUUUCCAGCAAAAAGAUGGAGCUUGUCAAAGUUCUUGCUGCACUGCAACCUGUUGGUCUUACUGUUAUUGUUUGAGAUCAUUGACAUUUGGUUGCGAUAAUAAUGCUUAGCUCGUUAAACAACCUUUAUAGCCUGUAUUAUUUUAAAGUGUAAUGUCGCUCUUGUACUUUAAAUUUGCAGCUUCCUACAUUCUUCUGUAAUUGACCACAUAAUAUGCAACAGUUAUAUAGAUGCUUGUAAGUUGUAAUGCCUAUAGCAUAUAAAUUAUUUUUUCUGGUUA